AUGCUCCUCCUGCAGUUGGUGCUGGCAGCUGCGUCACUCCGUGGACAUGAGGAGAAGGAAGGGGGAGACGGUGAGAUUGCGUCGCGGCUCUCAUACCCUGUGGGAAUGCUGCACGGCGUGUGGCGGUAUUGCCCUGAAGCGCCGCACCAUCACGCACGAGGACUUGGCAUGGAGUGGAGGAUCUUUUUUUUUGUGUCUGCUGCUGUGGGUGUGGGUGUGUUUGCGUCGGACUUGUCGGCCCGAUGGCCGCAGCGUGUGGCUGCCACUCUCUUCUCUCGGAGAAUAUGCUACCACGCUUUCAAUUGUGUGUUGUCUCGGGGACAAUGUGCUGGUGACUGUGCGGUUGCCGGAUGGAGGGAGAGGAGUGGAGGGAAGUGCGUGGGCGCCGCGGUCAAGGGUUGCGCUGGGCGUCUCGCCGCGGAGGGCCUUGCCCGCCCAGCCUAG